UUUUCUUAUUUUAUGCGUCCGGUUUACUCCUUUGGUUAUUAUGUCUUCCUACGUAGACUCAUCCUCUCCAUCCCUCGCUCUACGCUCCCCAUAUACUCAUAGGUACUUCAAUUACUGUUAAUCAUUACCUCUUAAAACCAUGUCACAGGAUGGCAAUGGCCUCGCUUACUCGAGUACAAGAUUCCGGUAUGCUACGCCGGCUGAAAUUCUGGCGGCUGCCGCAGCCCUUCCUGCGCUAGGCAUAAUUAUCGUCAUGGUCCGCUUCUACACUCGGCUACUCCAUAAGGCCAAACUCGCAAUCGAUGACUUCCUUAUUCUUCCUGCAGUUGUCUUAGUCUCCGGGAUGGGGGCCGCUCUCAUAGCUGGUGUAGAGCAAGAAGCUGUGGGAUAUCCAACGCCUCCGCCGCCAGACUCUGAUCCGGAAUUGGUCUUCACCUGGCGUGAUCCGAAAAUCACCAUGGUGCAGAAGGUCCAGUUCGUCACACAACUCCUUAUGAUCGCUACGUAUGGUUUCAUCAAGCUCAGCAUCAUCUUCUUUUACCGUCGCAUAUUUAUAAUGAAUGCGGGCGACCGUUUCAAUCUCGUUACCAUAAUAUGUGCCUGUGCCAUUGUCGCGUGGACCCUGGCUUAUAUCUUCGCCGUCGCAUUUGACUGUGGCACACAUUGGGGUGCCCAUUGGGGUGCGGUCGCCGAUCUCUUCGCCUAUUGUCAUGGUGGUUUCGAGGUUCAGCAGAUUGUAGAAUCGCUGCUUAUUACCGACCUAAUAACUGAUGUGAUCAUCAUCGCGUUGCCGAUGCCUCGAAUCUGGGGACUACGCCUUACACUAGAGCGCAAGAUCGAUCUUCCUUCUGGGUGGGGUAGCUAUUGGUGCAGCUGCCGCACGUCUCGGCAUCUACGUGACGCAAACAAAGUACAGCCUGGACCCCACCAUUGAUGAGAAUAUGUCAGUAUCUACGAUAAUAUACUGGUCCAUGAUCGAAGCGGGGCUUUCCCUCAUCGCCGCCUGCCUGCCCGCCACGCAACACCUAUUCCGCGGUCGGUCCAUUGGCUCCGUCGUAGCCAGCGUGCGAAGCGUUACCCCACUGCAUUCUCUCGAUAAGUCCCAGGGCGCCGGAGGUAUGGGGGAGUCGCGCAAUACCAAAUCGAACGCUCUGCCUAUUACCCAGGAUCAGACCGCCGUUGACUCUUUUCGAAAGCUUAACGAAUCGGAGAGCUCUGCUGAGAUGACUACGCAAAGUAGAAACGGGGAUUACUAGUAUUAUCGUGGUUAUUGGAAGAAAGCGAUAUGACUUGAUGAAUGUUAGAUGAUUAUAGUGUAGUCUUAGUUAUUAACUAGAGAUGUUUUAAUUAAGGCAAAUCAUAUCCAUUCUUCCAUCACACCUCAUACUGUAUAUGAGCAGACAAAAACAGCACGGUCGCUUUCGCUCCUAAUAUAUCAUUCCAGUCAUCACAACUCUUGCAGGUCUCGGGUAUUUAUUAUUUUUUUCUAGUCUAACUUGGUACCAGGUGAUAGAUGUACUUUUAUUCUCCCUAAGAGGGCUUUUUCUGCAUCUU